AUGUUGAGGAUUUUCAGAGUUGAUCACCACGAUGAAUUAUCAAUUCAAGAUCCAAGGUUGAUGUAUAUCGAUGUUACCAAGGACACCAACAUCAAACAAGAGUACAUCAAGAAGAAGGUUCCCAAAAUGAGAAAUUCACCAUUCCCAUUAUACUUGAAAAACUACGUCUUAUGGGAUGAAAGCGGAUUAAUUAUGAAAUCCAUCAAGAAUGAUGAUGAGCUUGAAGUGGAGGAAUCUGAAUUACCCAAAGCAUUUUAUGGAUAUUAUGAGACCAGAGAUGCCUCGGUUGUUGCCUUUUAUCUCAAUGACGAAGAGUUGGAAUUUUUGAAAUCUAAGAACCAAGCUAGAAAUAUUAGGUAUGAAUUUUUUGAUGAAAAUCAACCUGGAGUAGGAACUAGUACAUGGUUAUUGUUUCCUGGACGAAUUGAAUUGGGUAGCCACUAUGUUCUGACCUAUGGACUUAGAACGAAACGUAUAGAGGGAGAACCGAGGAUGUUCUACUUUACUGAAAAUGACAGAUUGUUUUGUGGUACUAUAAGUAUGAGUAUUAGCACUAUAGAGGUUAAGGAUAUUUUGGACUGUCCUCGUUCACAGUAUGAUAUCUCGGAGAAGGUCUACAAAUUCGAUACACAUCGAGAUGGGGCUAUGUUUGGUUCUAAAUUAGAUACAAAAUUCCUUGCUAAGCAUCUUGGUGUUCCGUUGAAGUUCUUGGAUCAGACUUUCAUGCCGGAAUAA